GGAAGUUGUCCGGGCCAGGCGGUUGCAGAGAGCGAGAAAUCGAAACUCAGCUGUUAAAACCGCUGCCCCAGUCCUUUGGAAUCGCUUUGGAAACUCGCUAGGCGACCCAGCCCUCAACCGUCCCGCAGCGGCUGCGCCCACGAGUCCUGGGUUGGGAGCCAUGGGCACACGCAGCAAGGUGCUGGGCUCUAGGCUCCGCGAACCGCCAGCGUCUCGCCCGACCCAGGACCCCAGUGAGCGGCGCGCGGAGCUCAGCCCCCUGCAGGACCAGAGACAGGGGUUGGAGGCGGCGCCCUGGAACGCAGCAGCGCGGGACACCCCGCAGCACGCGGGCCCCAGGCACACAGGAGCAUAUACCUUGAUAGCACCAAAUGAACACCGGAGAAAUCAGAUACAAAGGAUUGCUGAGCAAGAGCUGGCAAACCUGGAGAGGUGGAAAGAACAGAAUAGAGCUAAGCCCGUGCACCUGGUGCCUAGGCAGCUAGGUGGGAGCCUAUCUGAGGUUGAAGUCUGGCAGAGACAGCAACUCCAACUGAUGCUAUCCAAACACCAGAAAAAGCUGAAAAGAGAAGGAUCUGCAAGAAUCAGGAAGGAAGCCAAAGAAGCCAAACUCCAAAAAAUGAAGGCAGUUCAGAGAGAGAAGAUAAAGGGUAGCAAUAAAUUUGAGACGGAAAGACAAUUUCAAGAACACCUUCGAAGAGAAGCAUAUAGACAUCAUCAAUACAAAACUGCCGAGUUCUUGAGCAGAUUGGAUGCAGGAUUGCCAAACAGAAGUGCUUGUCAGAUUGCUCCCCGUGACCCACAAUCCUCAGCAUGGGCCAGAAGUCAGGCUUAUAAGGAUUCUCUCAGGGAGGAAGAAAACCGGAAAUUGCAAAGGAUGAAAGAUGAACAGCGUCAGAAGAAUGAAUUACUGGAACUUAAGCGACAGCAGCAAGAGGAAGAAAGAACCAAAAUGCUGCAGUCUGAACACAGGAGGGUAAAUAAUGCUUUUCUGGACCGACUCCAAGGCAAAAGUCAACCAGGUGGCCUCGGGCAGUCUGGAGGCUAUUGGAAUAUGAAUAGCAGUAACAGCUGGGGUAUGUGAGAAAUAUUCACACCCGUCUGGCCUUCCUCGACUUGACCUUGGCAAACCUCCUGAGGAUGCCUCUCCGUAAUGGGAUUUCAUUCAAGCUCACUGUUUUUAACCUUUUCACUGCCCAUGCACUGACCUGGGCAAUCUGUGGUGACCGACUUCUCCCUGGCAUUACGGAUGUGUGGUUUUAGGAACUGGUCACUGCAUGUUAUGUUAACUUCCUAAUUGGUUUUGCCUCUGAUUAGAUGAGUAAUUGGAGCAGUGUUAGUAAGACAGAAAAUGAGGGAAUUGCUUGAUACUUUCUGGUUACUGAGAACUCUGGGUGCCACAGGCUUGUCUCUCUAAGCCAUUAAUUCUUAGAAUAGGUUUGGGAAAACUCUAAGGUCUUUUUAGAUUUUCAUCUCUACUUUCUUAAUUCAGGGUACAAAUGUCACCAAAGGGAGAAAACGCUUAUAUUCUUUGAAAUGAACUACAAAUAAAUCUUGAACUGCAGCUAUA